AUGACAACACUAACUAUUUGUUUUAAUUUUAUUUUGUUUUGCACAGUUACAACAGUUUUUGGAAGUGAUGAAAACCCAAUAAUCCGAAAUUUUAAAUGUCGUCUAAAUGGGUGUUGUGAUCAACAUGAAUGGUGUAGAUUUUGGGCUACAAUGGGGGAAUGUGGAAGUAAUUCUGGAUGGAUGUCAAUUAAUUGCCAAUUAGCUUGCGGAACUUGUACAAGACCGCCUGUUACAAGAAGACCGCCACAAACACAAGCAGCUACUCUUCCCUUUCGUUUUCCCAACAACCCUUUUAUACAAACACAUUCAAGACAGCCACAAACAUUUCCUCAUUUAUUUGUUACACGAACAUCCCCUACAACACACCCAACAACCCAUCCAACAACAACACAAACAACAACAACAUUUAGACCUCCACCCCCUCCUCCACCCCCACCCCCACCUCCAACAACAACUAUACACACAACAACAACUACACAAACAAUUGUGUCUAACCCAACAGAAAGGUGCAGACAAAUACAAAGAGAUCCCGCUAAUGCUGCUGAAGUUUUACUUAGAGAAAGAUUAGUUGUUGCAACUGAAGUUCGUUCCAACAUUGCAAAUGCUUGUGUUCCUAGGUUAGAUGAAGCAGAAUGUGAACGAUUAAUGCCUCCAGAAUAUGAUGGGGGAUUGUCUGAACCUGUUUCUUCAAUUACAAAUAUUCGCCCUAGUCCUAGAGAAAUUAAUCGACAAGUAUUGUCUACUGCUAAGCAAGUAGUCCAUCAAGAAUACAAUGCUUUAUUAAUGCAAUUUGGCCAAUUUAUGUCCCACGAUAUGGCAAAGACUACUUUGGUGCCUUCUGCCAAAUGUAAUGUUUGUCAAAAUAUUCCUUCUCGAUGUAUGGCAAUAUUCCUCGCCCCCGCAGACCCAAAUUCCAAUUUCCGAGCGGAUGGCUGUUUGAGAGUCUCUCGUUCCUCUCCGAUUUGUGGCUCGGGAAGAACUAAGCCUCGACAACAAUUAAGUGAAAAUACUGGAUAUAUUGAUGGAUCUCCGAUAUAUGGCUCUUCUGUUGGGGAUUUACACAAAUUUAGAGAGGGCGCUACUGGAUUUUUGAAAUUAAAUAAUUUUAAUGGGUAA